AUGAAAAAUAUAACAUCAACUCCAUUUCAUAAAAUCAUUUUCAUUGGCGACUCAUCAGUCGGCAAGACAUCCAUUAUUAACCAAUACAUAUAUAAUUCUUGCACCCCUCAGUAUAACUCAACGAUUGGAAUAGAUUACCUAUCAAAGAUAGUCAAUGAAGCAGAUAAACCAAUACAACUUCAAAUAUGGGAUACUGCAGGACAAGAGAAGUUCCAUUCUCUUAUUCCUGCUUACAUUCGCUCUUCUACAAUUGCAGUUCUUGUUUAUGAUAUCACUUGCAAACAAAGCUUUGACAAUAUUCAAACCUGGUAUCAAAUGGUUAUCAACAAUGCAGAACCUGCUUUUAUUAUUGUCGGAAACAAGAGCGAUCUCGAUUCCGAAAGGGCGAAUUCCAUUGAAGAAGGUAAAAAGUUUGCAAACCAGAUUAAUGCUAAGUUCAUAGAAACAUCAGCCAUUACAUCUGAAAACAUUAGUCAAUUAUUCGACAUAAUCAUUCAGAUUCCAAUUCCAGUCGAAGAAGUUGCUCAGGAAGAGAAGCAAGUAAUGAUUACAAUCCCAUCUGAUAAGAUGGAUACAAAGGCUCCACAGAAUAAUGGCUGUGGAUGCUAA